CAAACCGUCACCACCCUUAUCCAGCCGGACCAACCCCAUCCCCGCGAAUCAUUUCCCGGACCCAUCGCCCGCCUCGCUCACCGCACUACCCCACCGCAUGAUGGCCUCCCGCCUCCUCCACCUCCACCUCCGCCGCCGCGGCCGGAGCCCCAGCCCCAGCCCCAGCCCCAGCCCCGUGCCCCUUCCACUCCUCCUCGCCACUCGGCUCCUCUCCUCCUCCUCCUCCUCCCCCUCCCCUGCGGCGGCGGGCGGCGGCGGGGGGAUCGGGAAGGUGCUGGUGGCGAACCGGGGCGAGAUCGCGUGCCGGGUGAUGCGCACCGCGCGGCGGCUCGGCGUCGCCACGGUGGCCGUGUACAGCGACGCCGACCGCGGCGCGCUGCACGUGCGCGCCGCCGACGAGGCCGUCAGGCUCGGCCCGCCGCCCGCGCGGGAGAGCUACCUCAACGCCGCCGCCAUCGUCGACGCCGCGCGCCGCACCGGCGCCCAGGCUAUCCACCCAGGAUAUGGUUUUCUUUCAGAGAGUGCUGAUUUUGCACAGCUCUGUGAAGCUGAGGGGCUUAAAUUCAUUGGACCACCAGCAUCUGCAAUCCGAGAUAUGGGUGAUAAGAGUGCGUCUAAGAGGAUCAUGGGUGCUGCUGGCGUGCCGCUGGUUCCAGGUUACCAUGGGGCUGAACAAGACAUUGAGCUAUUAAAACUUGAAGCUGAUAAAAUUGGAUAUCCAGUUUUGAUCAAGCCCACCCAUGGUGGAGGGGGCAAGGGUAUGAGAAUAGUUCAAAGGCCUGCUGAUUUUGUGGAUUCUGUACUGAGCGCUCAGAGGGAAGCUGCAGCAUCAUUUGGCGUCAACACACUAUUGAUUGAGAAGUAUAUUACUCAACCCAGACAUGUAGAGGUCCAGGUAUUUGGCGACCAACAUGGAAAUGUAGUUCACCUUUAUGAGAGGGACUGCAGCCUACAACGAAGGCAUCAAAAGAUUAUCGAGGAGGCUCCAGCUCCAAAUGUGGCAGCUGAGUUUCGGUCUCAUAUUGGUGAAGCUGCUGUGUCUGCAGCAAAGGCAGUUGGUUACUACAAUGCUGGAACAGUGGAGUUUAUUGUGGAUACUCUUUCUGGAGAAUUCUAUUUCAUGGAGAUGAAUACUCGACUCCAGGUUGAACACCCAGUAACAGAGAUGGUUGUUGGUCAAGAUCUUGUGGAGUGGCAAAUACGUGUUGCAAAUGGAGAACGUCUGCCCUUAUCUCAGGAACAGAUCCAGUUAAAUGGACAUGCAUUUGAAGCUCGAAUAUAUGCUGAAAAUGUUCCAAGAGGAUUUCUUCCUGCAACAGGAACCUUACAUCACUACCGACCAGUCCCUUCUGCCCCAACAGUAAGAGUUGAAACUGGAGUUGAAGAAGGAGAUACUGUCAGCAUGCAUUAUGAUCCCAUGAUCGCCAAACUUGUAGUGUGGGGUGAAAGUCGCAGUGCUGCACUAGUCAAGCUAAAGAACUGCUUGUCAAACUUUCAGAUUGCAGGUUUGCCAACCAAUGUUGGUUUCCUCCAAGAACUUGCAAGCCAUAGUGCCUUUGAAAAAGGCCUAGUGGACACACACUUCAUUGAUCAUUAUAAAGAUGAUUUUGUGAGUACUUCUGCUAAGUCCUCAGGUGAAUCACAUGAUGUAACUGAGCUUGGUGGAAUUUUGGCUGCUGCUUGCAUUUGCAAGAAGGAUCACAUUACAUCUGAAGAAUCGCUACGAGGUGACAAGACACUGUCAGCAUGGUACACUAAUCCACCUUUCAGGAUGCAUCACUUUGCUAGGCGUCCACUGGAACUCGAGUUGGAUAAGGAACAUGAUGGAUUCAGUGAGGAACUUCUUAAAUUGUUCAUUGCAUAUCGAUCUGAUGGAAGCUACUUCAUUGAGACUGAAGAUGGCGCUUCUGGUUUGGAUGUCAAAGUUGAUCAUAAAGGUGACAAUGAUUUUCGUGUUGAUGUUGCUGGUCUGCAAACUGAUGUGACUCUAGCAUCUUAUUUAAAGGGUAAUAGCAAACAUAUACACAUCUGGCAUGGGAAGCAUCACCACCACUACAGACAAACUGUGAGAGCCGAGCAUGUAGUUGAUGAUAGUUCUCAACCUAGCCAUUCUUCUGAGGGAAAGUCACAUCCAAAAGGGAGUGUUCUGGCACCGAUGGCUGGUUUGAUUGUGAAGGUUUUGCUUGAAGAUGGGGCACAGGUGGAUGCAGGCAAGCCUGUCAUGGUUAUGGAAGCAAUGAAGAUGGAGCAUGUUGUGAAGGCGCCUCGUGCCGGAUAUAUCGAGGGCCUGAAGGUUACUGCUGGGCAACAAGUUUUUGACUCUAGUGUCCUUUUCACUAUCAAGGAUGGCAGUGCAAAUUGAGACAAAGAUACCUAGAAACGGGACCAGAACCCGUAUCGAUCAAUUCAUACAUGCUCCGGGAAUUGACUUGCACAGCGGCCGUCCUCCAGAAGGAAACGCAGACGAACAAAUAAAAGGAGUUCAUCUGUUGGGUAAACAGCUCAUGAACUCCCAGCUCCAACCCCAUCAUUUGCCCAUUUGUCCAUUUGCCCUGUAUAGUGUGUAUUCUGCAUCGCAUUGUACAAUGAAAUAAACAAAUGGAAUCCAAUUGGCCUGCCGUUACCCAUUAAGAAACUCCAACCGGCUCUUUAUCCGACUUCCUAUCGUCAAAUAUAGCGAUCGGUAAAAAAAAAAAAAUCCUCCAACCGGCUCUCCAAUUGGCUCGCUAUGUUUGUGCGCUCGCUAUCCGAUCGGUGUGGCUCACCACUUCCAGCGAGCGGUCUCGCUCGCCAUCUCCAUUCGCUAGAGACGAUGACUUGUGGACGCUCACCAUCUCCAUUCGCUAGAGACUAUGACUUGUGGACCCUUUGAACAAUACUCGAAUUUUCCUCAUCUUCUCUAUUCCAACGAUGCUUUUCUGUUGCUCCAAAAAUCCUAAAAUUUUGUGUACUUGUUUCAUAAUCUAUAUGCAACCUAUUUUAACUAGAUUCACCCCAAAAAUCUGUGUAUAAUUUAAACUAAAAUUCUUCAAAAAAGACUACUUUUAUAAAUUGUAACAAUUGUUUGGGCCUCAAAUAAAUUCUCAAAAAUCUGGAAAAAUUCAUUAAUAUUCUUCUUAUGUGAUGGAUUAAUUUUUAAAAUUAUUUUCAGCCCUAGAUUAUAUGAUGAAAAAGUGAGUUCCCUUAUAAUUUCCUAUUUAUAUGCAUUUUUAUUAUUUCAUGUGAUAUUAUUCUUUUAAUUUAAUUUGAGUUCAAAUAAAAUUCAAAUAUAUACAAAAUUUAGCUGUUGAAAAUAUAGUCAUUGUAAAUAUAUUUUAUUUAUAGGAUACUAAUAAAAUAUAUGUGAGUGAAAUUUAAAGAGUGGGAUUUAAGGAGUCGGUUGGAGCGUGUAGAGAAAUAUAAAAGGAAUCUUUUGAAUAGAUUCUCUAUAUGAAAAUAUAGGGAGUGAGAUUUAGAGAAUCGGUUGAAGAUACUCUAAGGCAGCUAAGAACCAUGAGACGCCAGUGACAGAAUCCCCUCCACCCCGUCGCCAGAUCCCCUCUCCGACACAAACCAGAUCUCCGCCCAACGCUAGAUCUUGCGCCAUCGCAUGCUUCACCACCGCUGCACGCCUGCACCUCCUCGCUGCAGUCAAUAGAGAACAGGAGGCUACCAUGUUGCCGGAGCCACCGCUGGUGCUGGCGCAGAAGUUAGGGUAAACAUUAGUUUUUUCUUUUUAUUUUUUUCUGGUUAUUUUUUCUCGGUGAAAUCGGAACUUCUAUCGAAUGAUUUGAAACUUUUCUUAAUUUUGACUUAAAACUUUCUCGAGACAUAAAAUUUUCUCAACUUAAAACUUUUCUUAAUUUGAAACUUUUUAAUUGAAAAUCUCUUAAAUAGAAACAUUUAGGGUUUGUUUGUUUUUUAUUUUGAUUCUAACAAUUUAGAUUUUGAUUCUCACGAUCUAGAAUCUAGAUUAUACAAUCUAAAUCUAAAAUAAAUGGUAUCAUUUUAUUAGAAUAUCUCAUUUCUCAGAAGCCCACACACGCAAAAAUUAGAGCAAAAUGGGAGAAAAACCUCCAUGCUUGUAGCUGGUCUAGAUCUCCGGCGAGCCAGUCGAACGGGGUAGUCGAUUUGCCUAUGAUCCGAUGAGCGGUGAGGUGUCAGAGCCACGGCGGCUCAGUCGGGCGCUCAACUCCAACUACAGCCGCGUCCGUGAGGAGGUGCUGCAACUCGUGUUCGGCUGCGUCGACGACCCACGCGAUCGAGAGGUGGCCUCACUGGUGUGCCGUUGUUGGCACCGUAUGAUCGUCAAAGCGGUCCACCUGCGCCACAUGACCGUCACGGACGACGACAUCGUGGUGCUCGUCCAUGCGCGCGGUCGCAUGUUGUAGGAGCUCAAGCUCGACAAGUGUUGUGACUUCUCCACUGACGCAAGAGCUGACUGCUGUGUGGCCGAGCUCGAAGUGCAUCGUGGAGGGAUUAAAGGCACCAUAAGUGGACUUGCGCAUGCGGGGAGGAGGUGAGGCCGGAGAGGUGGAGGCAGAGGAGCGACGACGGCAGGACUUGUCACGGGCGCAGAAGGAGAGCGCCUUCACACGAACGGAUGGGGAGGCGGCCGCCGCCGCAAGAGAGUCGGAUGCGAGCAAGAUGGUCUGCUUGAGGUCGUCCAUAGCGGUGUAGAGGAAUUUGUGGAGGUGGAGCGGGGUGAAGACGGGAAAAGAGAGAGCAAACAGAGUUUGGGAGAGAGGAGAAACAAAGGAAAAUUAUGUUUGUAAUGUUAAUGAUAGGUAAAUAUGUGUCAUAAUUCAUAAUUCAUGAUGUGAAAAAAUAUUUUUCUAUAUUAUGUAUUAUGGUAUAAUCUAGUUUUAGAUCAUAGAUUCUGUAGUGUAGAAUCAAACUAUUUAUUUUUUAUUUUGAUUUUAAAAACUAGAAUUUAUUAAAAUAAUAAAAAACAAACAGCCACUUAAUCUCUCAAAUAGCACGGAGGAGGAAGCGAGACAGAGAUCGACUCGACCGCCUGCGAGCUCCUUUGCGCACGUUGCCCCACAAGCCAAAAAGGAUGUGGUUGGUAAAUAAAGUUGAUUCGCCCGCGAACUAUUUUGUUGGCAAUAGUUUGCAAACCAGUAGCUUACGGUUUCAGACCGUAGAAGUUCGGCUAAAUAAUAAUUUUUAAGUUUUAGAGUGAUUUUUUUAAAAAUAAAUUAAAUGUUAGGCGCUGAAAAAAUUUAGUUUUCACUGAUUCGCUCGCCUGUGAACUAUUUUGUUGGCAAUCGUUUGCAAACCAGUAACUUACGUGCUUCAAAUUAUAAGAGUUCUACUAAAUAAUAGUUUAUAAUUUUUAAUUUUUAAGAUAAUUUUUUAAAAUAAAUUAAAUAUUAAAAGCUGAAAAAAAACAGUUUUAAUCUUUGCUAGUUAUUUUUUUUACUUUUGUAUAUUUCAUAUAAUAUAAAUUUGACUUUAUCAUUUACAAGUAAAAAUCUAUUUAAAUUUAAUAAAUUUAUUAAUCCUUUAAUUAUUUUAUCAUUUAAACACUAAAACUCACUAGAAGAUUUCGGGUCCUAUCCAACUUAGGAGGGGAUUUCGGGUCCUAUCCACGCCAUUUCCACGGAGAAAACAGCCACGUCUCCCGACACGAGAAUUUUUCUCCGUCCACAUCGAACGCGUCGGCCUCCUCGAGUCAUCGGCGUCAUCUUCGACGAUUUCUUCCGCUCCACGCGCCGCCUCCACCCUCUAGGUGCGGCCUUCGGCGAGGAAGCCGCCACCAGGCAGGAGAACCCCCCUCCUCCUCCCUCCUCCUGUGCUUGGCUGCCCUGCGCGGACACCAAGACGGCCGCCACCGACGACGACAUUGAGGAGCGCAUCCUUCGGAUCGAGUCUGGCGUCGAGCCCAGAGGCAGCGGGGCACGCGCAAGAGGAAGGCCUCGGCCGCCAGCGCCGUCGCACGCUCCCGCCGGUGCCGCGGACUCACCGGUUCGGUUUGGCUUCACAGCAUACAGCGCGCGAGCGGCUCGACGACGCUCUUCCGGCGAUCCGCCUGGUCGAUGCUCGUGCGGCGUCAUCGAUCCAGGCACACGGUCGCUGCAUGCCCGCUGCCUCCCUUUCCCUUUGUUUUCUAUUUUUUUUUAAUUUUUGGAGCUUCAUAAUUGUUUUGGGUUUGCUUUUAGUUCUUGGCUAAGUUAUCUCUCCAAAUGAUUCGAGGGAUUAGCAGAUAAAAUUCCGGGGUUUCGUUGUGCCAAAAAAAAAAUCCCCGUUGUGGCUAAUCUCUCCGUGGAGAAGUCCCUCUUCUAAUUUUGCGUUGAAUUGUUAAAGGGACAUUUUGCGUUCUUGGUAUAGGUUAAUAAUAGCGGAGCUAUAGACAGAGAACAAAAACUCUUUGUGGUGAUAAAAUAAACCCGGUAUCUCUGUCGUUCGUAGGAGCUUUACGAAUAUUUCACAAUAAAGUAGCUUAAUUUCAGUACGAGAAUCGGGACUUGGACUGGUCACAAGAAUUCUUCUCCGUUUCUGCGAGAACAUGAGCCAUCGCAAAUUUCCUACGAAAUUUCUCCAUUUCUACGAGAAUUCGAGCAGUCAUAAAUUUCUGUGAAAUCCCUUGCUAUAAGACGAUGACAUUUAAGUGUCCUAAAACGGAGUUUAAUCGUUGUCACAUUUUGGGACAGCGUGGCGGGUACUAAGAAUAUUUGGUUAUUUAUAUUUACUAUUUUAAUUUAGUUUGAUAGAUAUAAAUGUACAUUUUCAGUUUACCUCGAGAGAAGCUGAUGUAGAUUUUUACGCACUUAUUUAGAUGAGUUUAUUUAUCGGUGUCAUAAAAUCAUUUUUAUAUAAGUAACUAAUCAUAAUCUUAACACUUACAUCCACUCAUCCUAUCACAAAUUUAAUAAAAUAAAUAUUUUUUUCAAUAAAUAUAACUUCAUUCGAAAUCUACUGGACUUACUAGCAAAACCCCGGCAACCAUUCACACGCUUUUGUUUCUUCCCCGGGAAUUCCCCCCUCCUGAUGAUCGGUAUCCCACGGGCCCAACUUCUGAACUCCUCGUUCUUCCACCUGCUCCUGCCUCCUCCGUCUUGCUGUUGCCGGCGUCCACCGCCUCGCCGUCGCUCCCGGCCGCUACAAAACAGGCCAACCCUCUUCACUUGGCCGUCGCCUCGACUUCCUCUAUCCUCUCCUAAGCUGUCGCCCUCCGUCUGCUGCCUUCUGCUAUGCUGGAAGUGCAUAUCCACUCGGACCUGCUGACCGAUUUCUCCUUUCGCCGGUAAGGACACGCCCUGCUCUCUAUCCUCUCCUAAGCUUGUGGGAAAUAUACUGCUGUGACAUGCCAUAUCCAGACCUCAGUUUUGCAGAUGUCUCUUCUGCUGUUGUUCAUCAGAAUCUGCGAUCGGACAUCCCUCGCCGCUGCCCAAGCGCGAUGGCGAACAUCAUGCGUAAAUGCUGGGACGCGAACCCGGAUAAGCGGCACGACAUGGACGAGGUGGUGCGGUUCUUGGAAGCUCUCGACACGAGCAAGGGCGGCGGCAUGAUACCGGAAGGCCAGGCAGGCGGGUGCUUGUGCUUCUUCAGAGCCCGUGGCCCCUAGAUUCUUUCCAGCUUUGAUCUCCUUGCCUGUAUACUAUGAUUGGGGGCUGCUGUUCAUACCUGUUAGCCACAGAUCAGGUCUUUCCUUCUCUGGAUGCCGAGUGCCGCUAGUGCUGUGCUAUCGCAGCUGUUGAGACUGUAAGCAAUGUGAUGUGUGAUUAUAAUAUAACAGUGAGAGUCUAUAUGAUACAGAGUUUCUUGUG